UGGGUGCCGUAAGUGAUCUCCCUCCUGGUGGGGCUCCCUGGGAGGAGAACCCCUGGGGGGCUGUCUGCCCCCCUGGGGACCUCUCUCUGAGAUGGGGCUCCCCUGGGGCUGCGGCCACCCCAGCCUCACCGGCCAUGCCAGGGGCCUCCUGACUUCCCUCCUCACUCUGCUCCUCCUCCGCCUGGGCUCAGCCCAGCUCAGAGUGGAGGGACCAGGCCACCCUGUCACUGCCACCGUGGGGAAGGAUGUUGUGCUGCCCUGCCACUUGUCCCCUCGCCAGGAUGCUCGCAGCUUGGAGGUCAGGUGGAUCCGGGACAGUAUCUCUGAGACAGUGCACCACUACUGCAAUGGAGAGGACCUGUACGGGGAGCAGAUGGGGGCAUAUGCCGGGAGGACAGAGUUGGUCAGAGAUGGUCUCUCUACUGGAAGCCUGGACUUGCGAAUCAUGGGGCUGAGACCCUCUGAUGAUGGCCAGUACGUCUGCACUGUGGUAGAUGGUCAUGCUUAUGCUGAAGCCAUUGUGGAGCUGGAGGUGUCAGCCACAGGCGCUGACCCCCACCUCUCCCUGGGGGGCUACGAGGCCGGAGGCGUCCGGGUGCUGUGUGGAUCGGCCGGCUGGUACCCGCUGCCCGCAGCUGCUGUGGAGGGAAUGCUCGCGGGCAGCACCUGCCCUCAGUCCUCCCAGACACUUCCCAGGACCAGGAGGGGCUCUUUGAAAUCGAAGGCGCCGUCAUAG